GCUUACUGCGAGGAAAUGACGUAUUUCACGAGAGCCUACUUGUUUUCAUUUUCUUACAAAUUUGUCAUCUAAUUUACUCGAAAUUUAACCAUGAUUGGGCGAAAAAGUGAAAGAUGAGUCCUCACAAGAGAUCCAACUUGAGAUCUACCUCCCUCCAGCUUAGUUGAAGUGGGGAACCUACAUUUCCAUAAACCAGUCUGGAUAUAUGCGACUCCGGAAGAAUUAAUUUGAUUAUUGACAGUUCAAAGACAUCUUGAUGGCCUAUAAUCCUUUGGCCCUUCAUUCAAGAAUUGUGAUACUUGGUGAUUCAUGGUUGAGCGUAUAUUCGGAAGUUGUGUCCUGCCAACUCUCGCGGACGAGGAGGGUGUAGCAACAAAGGGAAAGAUGGGUUCAGAAUCAGUCAUCGUCAAUGUCUACGAUAUGUAUUGGAUCAAUGAAUACACAUCUACCUUGGGCUUUGGCGUUUUUCACUCAGGAGUUGAAAUAUAUGGCAUAGAAUAUGCCUACGGAGGACACCCGUUCCCGUUCAGUGGAAUCUUUGAAAUAGAGCCGAAAGAUGCAGAAGAUUUGGGAGAGCAUUUCAAAUUCAAAACAUCAAUACAAGUGGGAACCACUGAUUUCUCGCCGGCCGAUAUCCGUACCUUGGUGGAUCAAUUUGGGAAGGAGUAUCGGGGAGACCAAUAUCAUUUGUUGAACAAAAAUUGUAAUCAUUUCACCUCAGCCUUAGUACAGAUUCUCUGUGGAAAAGAGCUUCCAAGUUGGGUGAAUAGGUUAGCGUACGUUAGCUCAUGUAUACCAUUCAUAGAGAAGGCGAUACCAAAGGAAUGGCUAACUCCCGUAGCUUUACAGACAGUUAUCAGAGACACCACUGCCGCUAGGCCUGAUGGAACAGGACUUUAACAUAGGUUAGCUCAAUGGUUAUAAUGUGUACAAAUGUACAUUAGCUAAACUCCUCCUCUGAAGCUCUGGUCUUUCAUUUCUCAUCAAAGGUCAGUUGAGCUUGUAAACAGUCAUGGUUUCAGCGAGUAAGUACUUAAACAAAAAUGAGGUUGUUAACCUUUUGCUAUUUACCACAUGUAUUUUUCACAGAGACAUAUUGCAUUUAGUAAAUGUUUGGAUUUUACAAAGUAGGUUCUUGUAAAAUUGAGUAAGUUCUUGGUUUGCAAGGUAAAUUCUUGCAAUUUUGUAUAGUAGAUUUCUGAGGAGUGAGUGUCUCACAAAAUAAGAAUUGCAUGCACUUGUAUAUUAAAAUGCAACAUACUUCCUGGGGUUGAUAUUUUCUGUGGGCAAUUAAAUUUGAAGUGGUGAUGAAAUUGGAGUUGAUUUCCUAUGCGUGUCUAGGCGUGUAUGAGUGAUGAAUGAAGCCACCAAGUUUUAACUUUACCCUCUCAGUAUUCUUCUGGUCUUCUUGUUCAAUGGAUGGAUCAUUAGAGCAGGUUGUUGGUAAACAGCAGUACCAUUUUUAAACAACACAUUUUCUUCAUGAUCCUUUCCCAUUGUGUGCUUGAUCAGCAUCAGAAAUGUUGCACCAGAACCUUUAAGGGAGGUGAAAUUCAAACACAAGGCAAAUAAGAGCUGUGGUUUAUAUUUCUAUCGUCAAAAACAGCAAUAUCUUCAUUUAGUGUUGUUUUGUCUGACAAAUCUGUAGUGUUGAUUAAAUGUACUUGAUCUAUAUGGGUGUAUAUUUAUAGGGUCUGUUUGGCCUGUCUCAGAUGGGAUGUUUUUAUGGGUGGGGAUUGUUCUGCCCCUCUCCACCACUUGGUUAACUCAUUUUGAAAUUGAAACAUGUGUUCUGUACUGUCAGUGUUUGGGAUCAAAAGAUAGAUUAAUUUUAGACUGUAAUUAGUCCAUCGUUUCAUCACAUAGUUUCAUCUCAUGGUGUUCAGAACGUUGGGUUUAGAUAUAAAUCUCUGUUCAACUUUAGGCCGCAUGUUUUGCAUUUCUUGUUGGUCAGGAUAGCAAAAGUUGAACUUAUGGAUAUCAAAAGUAUCAUGGUUUGGAAAAACAUUUGGAUUUUGUCUUUUAGAUUUUAAUACCAAAGAAGAGUUGGUGAUAAUCAUGCACCCCCACGAUAUGAGGGUUAAGUUAAAAACAUCAUAAUUUGCACAGUGUUACAUUGUUAUAUGCACAGUGUACUUGAACAGCGUCAGUAAUGGCAAGAAUUGAUAAAGACCAAGAAUUUGGAACUUCAGAAAUAAAAAAUGUCUUUUCUACUCUGACAGCCCACAACAGUGUCUACAAACAUGAUCACACUCACGGGGCAACAUCCUCUUGCAUGAUUUAAAAGUUUUGGUAGAGGUUCCAUCGGGAAUGUUUUGAUGCGGCCUUUGGUAUUAGUCCAUCUUCCUCCAAACUCUCAGAGAAUCAUCUUGUUGUUUUGUCCUACCAUAUCAUGCCUGUUAGUCCAGGAUUUCAAUUAAUUAUAGAAGAAACUUGCAUGGUCGUCAAUACUAAAAUUAGAUAUGUUAAUGUUUUAUAAUAACAUCUACUAUGUGGUUAUAAAAAAGGAAAACUAAUUGAUGUAUUAUUAAAUGUACUGUAUUUAUUAUUAAUUAUUGGAGAAGGAGACGAAGGUUAAAGUUUAGGUCGGUUACUAAGGACAAAAAGGCUGAAGCAAGUCCUUGUUUUGAGUAAUUCUGAUUUUGUGUUCCUUCCUUUGGUGUGAAAUUUCCAGCGUGAAUAGCACAGUGUUUAUAUGUAAAGGCAACUUAGGUAUAAGAGCAAUAGUUUCCUCCCAAGUGCAUGUCUAGUCACUUGUUGAUGUUUGGCAGGAUCUGAAGGCAGGAUCUGAAACUACAAAUCGACCCUGCAGGAUCUAUAACUACAAAUUUGACCCUGCAUGAUCUGAAACUACAAAUCAGACCCUGCAGGAUCUAAAACUACGAAUCAGACCCUACAGGAUCUGAAACUACAAAUCUGACCCUGCAGGAUCUAUAACUACAAAUCUGACCCUGCAGGAUCUUUAACUACAAAUCUGACCCUGCAGGAUCUAGAACUACAAAUCUGACCCUACAGGAUCUGAAACUACAAAUCAAACCCUUCAGGAUCUAAAACUACGAAUCAGACUGUGCAGGAUCUAGAACUACAAAUAUGACCCUGCAGAAUAUGUAACUGCAAAUAUGACCCUGCAGGAUCGGCAAUACGACAGUCAAACCUCUCUAUUUAGGACACCCUUGGGGACUGACAGAAGAUGUCACUAAUAGAGUAGGUCUCCUAAUUAUAAUGGUCAUAUUCAAUGGAAUGACUUAUUUGGAACCAUAACCAGUGUUCUUGAUUUAGAGAGCAUCCUGUUAGCAGAGGUCUUAGCUGAGAGGUCCUGUUGUAAUUAAGAAUUGGGCCUCUUCAAGAUCGGAAAGAGGGAUGAGGUAACUAAUUUCUACCUGGUUCUUUCUCAACUCAUCUCAGCAGGUGAAAUGUGUAGCUUCAGAGUUCCUGUAUAGAGGGUGUUUUUAAUAGAGGUCAGAAAAUAUUCAUGAACAGACUCUUCUUCAGCCAAGAAAAUCCAGCUUGAUAGGUCCUACAUAUCAACAUGCCGAUUUAUCGGUGGUGUGGGUCAGUAUCGCAGAAAGAUCAACAUGACAUAUCAGUAACUCUGUGAAAUUGCUGUGCAUGUAGAAGAGAAUACUGUGCUGAAACUAUUUAGCUGGUUGAAGGGUGCCUGUACAAAAGGCUUGUAUUAUGUGUAAUAGGCCUAUGUGAAACAGACUUGCCAAAACCGGCCAAAUAGAGUCUACACAGAAUAUUGCAUGUUUGUAUAAAAACUUUAUGGUUUAGGGUUAGAUUUUUAAUCCUUUACCUCUGGUCAAGUCUAGGUACAUUACCUUACUAGUAUCUUUGGGAUUUGGAAAAUUUGAUAUAAUCGGAAUAUUUUCUUAUCAAGUGGAGUAGUCUGUACUGAAUACAUGUACAUUGUAUAAUAAACUUGAAGUCUAAAAUGAAACCGAAA